AUGGCACAACCACUUAAGUGCUCAGAACUUUUUUCACUUACUAACUAUGGAGUUUCUCCUGGUACCAUAUCAUUUACAAAUGUUACUAUGGAAUCGGACAAAUUUAUUGUAUGUAGAGAUUCAAUUAACAAUGAACAUCAAGUUAUAAUUUUUGAAACAGGAGAUCCAAGUAAAAAUUUUAGAAGACCAAUUAAAGCUGAAUCUGCUAUUAUGAACCCAGAAAAAAAAGUUUUGGCAUUAAAGUGUGGAAAGACUCUUCAGAUUUUUGAUAUGGAAAAUAAGGCAAAACUUAAAACAUACCAAGCUCCUGAUGAGGUUAUUUAUUGGAAAUGGAUAAGUCCUAAUACUAUUGGUAUGGUAACAGAGACAACAGUCUAUCAUUGGAGUUUAGAAGGCACAGCUAAUCCUGUUAAGAUGUUUGAUAGACAUACAACAUUAAAUGGACAUCAAAUUAUUAAUUAUGCUCAAAACCCUGAUGAAAAAUUUUUGUUGUUAGUUGGUAUUGCUGCUAAAGAAAAUAGAGUAACAGGGCAGAUGCAAUUAUAUAGUAUUGAAAGAAAAGUUUCACAGGCAAUUGAAGGUCAUGCUGGUGCUUUUAUGAAAUAUAAGAUGGAAGGAAAUCCUGAUUUUUCUAAUUUGGUUGCUUUCUCUUGUCGAAAUGCCAGUGGUGGAAGACUACAUAUUCUUGAACUUGGAAAUCCUGCAUCUGGUAAUCAACCAUUUCAAAAGAAAACUGUUGAAAUACAAUUCCCAACAGAUGCUGGCAUAGCUGGAGAUUUUCCAAUCUCUAUGCAAUGUUCAUCAAAAGAAGGUUUUGUUUAUACAAUAACCAAACAUGGUUACGUUUAUGUUCAUGAAGCUGAAAGUGGAUUGUUGAUUUCAGCUACACGUGCUUCAACAGAAACUUUCUUUAUCUCGACACUAAAUGAAACGACAAAUGGAAUUAUUGGUAUUAAUCGUCGCGGUCAGGUAAUGUCAAUUUAUUUGGACAAAGAUGUUAUGGUACCAUAUGUUAGUAACACUCUUCAAAAUCCUGAUUUGGCGUUACGUUUAUCUACACGUUGUGAUUAUCCUCAUGCAGAGGAGUUGUUUGUAAAGAAAUUUAAUCUUCUUUUCUCUAAUGGAAAUUACAUGGAAGCUGCUAAGGUUGCUGCAACAGCACCAAAAGAAAUUUUAAGAACACCACAAACAAUUCAAAAAUUAGCUUCUGUUCCAGCUGGACAGGGUAAUCAAAAUCCAUUCUUAACAUAUUUCAGUAUCUUACUUGAGAAAGGAAGUCUUAAUAAAUAUGAAACAUUAGAGUUGGUAAAACCAGUUGUAAAGCAAAACAGAAAACCAUUAGUUGAAAAAUGGUUAGGAGAAAAUAAACUUGAAUGUUGUGAAGAACUUGGUGAUUUAAUUAGACCUUUAGAUACAAAUUUGGCUCUUUCAAUUUAUUUAAGAGGUGGUGUACCUCAUAAGGUUGUUCAAUGUUUUGCUGAAACCGGACAAUUUGAUAAGAUUAUUUUGUAUGCCAAAAAAAUUGGAUUUACACCAGAUUAUCUUUUUCAGCUUCGUCAAGUAUUAAGAACAAAUCAAGAAAUGGCUGGGAAAUUUGCUAAGAUGCUUGUAUCUGAGGGAGAAAAUGGAGAACCAUUAGUUGAUGUUAACCAAAUUGUUGAUUGUUUCUCUGAAGUUAAUGCUGUUCAACCUUGUACCUCUUUUCUUUUAGAAGUUUUAAAGGAUAACAAACCUGAGGAGGGACAUCUUCAAACGAAAUUAUUAGAGAUGAAUCUUCAAUAUGCUCCUCAAGUAGCAGAUGCAAUUUUUGCUAAUGAAAUGUUUUCUCAUUAUGAUAGAAAUUACAUUGGAACAUUAUGUGAAAAAUAUGGUUUAUACCAAAGAGCACUUGAACAUUAUAAUGAUAUUUAUGACAUAAAAAGAUCUGUUGUCAAUACUCAUCUUCUUAAACCUGAUUGGUUAAUUAAUUAUUUUGGAACACUUUCUGUUGAUGAUUCUCUUGAAUGUUUAAAGGCAAUGCUUCAAACUAAUAUAAGACAAAAUCUUCAAAUUGUUGUACAAAUUGCAUCAAAAUAUCAUGAACAAUUGGGAGUUGAUAAGAUUAUUAGUAUAUUUGAAUCUUUUAAAAGUUACGAAGGACUUUUCUAUUUCCUUGGUUCAAUUGUUAAUUUUUCACAGGAUCCAGAUGUUCAUUUCAAGUAUAUUGAAGCUGCCACACGUACUGGGCAAAUUAAAGAGGUUGAAAGAAUUUGUCGUGAAUCGAAUUGUUACGAUCCAGAAAGAGUUAAAACAUUUUUAAAGGAAUCUAAAUUACAAGAUCAACUUCCAUUAAUUAUUGUUUGUGAUCGUCAUGAUAUGGUACAUGAUUUGAUUCUUUAUCUUUACAAGAAUAGUCUUCAAAAGUAUAUUGAAAUAUUUGUUGCUAAAGUUAACCCAACACGUCUUCCAAUUGUUGUUGGAGCUCUUCUUGAUGUUGAUUGUUCUGAAGAUGCUAUUAAGCAACUUAUAAUUAAUACUCGUGGUAAAUUUGAUAUUGAUGAAUUAGUUGGAGAAGUAGAAAAAAGAAAUCGUCUUAAACUUCUUGUUCCAUGGCUUGAGUCUCGUGUUCAUGAAGGUGCUACUGAUUCAGCUACUCAUAAUGCACUUGCUAAAAUUUAUAUUGAUUCAAAUAAUAAUCCUGAUAGAUUCCUUAAAGAAAACCCAUACUAUGAUUCAAAAGUUGUUGGAAAAUAUUGUGAAAAAAGAGAUCCUCAUUAUGCUUUUGUUGCUUAUGAACGUGGUAAAUGUGAUGAAGAAUUAAUUGCUGUAUGUAAUGAAAAUUCUUUAUUCAAAAAUCUUGCUCGUUAUUUAGUUAGAAGACGUGACAUGGAUCUUUGGGCUACCGUAUUAAUUGAGGAAAAUCCAUAUCGUAGACAAUUGAUUGAUCAAGUUGUUCAGACUGCUUUAUCAGAAACCCAAGAUUCUGAGGAUAUCUCACAAACUGUUAAAGCUUUUAUGGCAGCUGAUUUGCCAAAUGAACUUAUUGAAUUACUUGAAAAAAUUGUUCUUGAUAAUGCUGCAUUUGCAGAUCACAGAAAUCUUCAAAAUCUUUUAAUUUUAACUGCUAUCAGAGCAGAUGCUUCUCGUGUCAUGGAGUAUAUUCAAAAACUCGAUUCUUAUGAUGCACCAGAAAUUGCUAAUGUUGCUAUUAAUAGUAACCUUUAUGAGGAAGCCUUUGCUAUUUUUAAGAAAUUUGAUGUUAAUACAUCGGCUAUUAAUGUUUUAAUUGAAAACGUUGGAAAUUUAGAUCGUGCUUAUGAAUAUGCCGAACGUUGUAAUGAACCAGGUGUUUGGGGCGCUCUUGCUAAAGCACAAUUGAAACAAAAUAUGGUCAAAGAAGCAGUUGAUUCAUUUAUUAAAGCUGAUGAUCCAUCUUCUUUCAUAGAAGUAGUUAAAGUUUGUACUGAAACAGAUCAUUGGGAUGAUAUGGUUAAAUAUCUUCAAAUGGCUCAUAAGAAAUCACGUGAAGCUUUUAUUGAAACAGAAUUAUGUUUUGCUUAUGCUAAAACAAACAGAUUAUCUGAUUUGGAUGCAUUUAUUAAUAGUCCAAAUCAUGCUAGUAUUCAACAAGUUGGUGAUAGAUGUUUUGAUCAAGAAUUAUAUGAAGCAGCUAAACUUUUAUAUAAUAAUAUUAGCAAUAAUGCUAAACUUGCUUGUACUUUAGUUAAAUUAAAUGAUUUCCAAGCUGCUGUUGAUGCUGCAAGAAAAGCUAAUAGUACAAAGACAUGGAAACAAGUUUGUUUUGCAUGUGUAGAUAAUAAAGAAUUUAGAUUAGCUCAAAUUUGUGGGCUUAAUAUCGUUGUACAUGCUGAUGAAUUAAGUGAUUUGAUUAAUUAUUAUACAAAUUAUGGAUAUUUUGAAGAAUUAAUUUCACUUUUAGAGGCUGCACUUGGUUUGGAACGUGCUCAUAUGGGAAUGUUUACAGAAUUAGCUAUUUUAUAUAGUAAAUUUAAACCUGAAAAACUUAGAGAACACUUAGAAUUAUUCUGGUCUCGUGUUAAUAUUCCUAAAGUUCUUAAAGCUUGUGAAGCAGCUCAUUUAUGGUCAGAUUUGGUAUUUUUAUAUGAUAAAUAUGAGGAGUAUGAUAAUGCUGUAAUAACUGUUAUUAAUCAUCCAACAGAAGCAUGGAGAGAACAACACUUUAAAGAAAUGAUACAAAAAGUUGCUAAUGUUGAAUUAUUUUACAAAGCUAUGAGUUUCUACUUAGAUUAUAAGCCAAAUCUUUUGAAUGAUCUUCUUAAUGUACUUACACCAAGACUUGAUCAUUCACGUGCAGUUUCUUUCUUUACAAAACUUAAUCAAUUACCACUUGUCAAACCAUAUCUUAAACAAGUUCAAACAUUAAAUAAUAAAUCUAUCAACGAAAGUCUCAACAAUCUUUAUAUUGAGGAGGAAGAUUUUGAAAGUUUAAAGUCUAGUAUUGAUGCAUAUGACAACUUUGAUAAUAUUGCUUUAGCACAAAAACUUGAAAAUCAUGAAUUAGUUGAAUUUAGGCGUAUUUCAGCAUACCUAUUUAAAAGAAAUAAUAGAUGGGCUCAAUCAAUUGAAUUAUGUAAGAAAGAUAAUUUGUAUAAAGAUGCAAUGGAGUAUGCUGCUGAAAGUAAAAAUCCAGAAACAGCUGAAGCAUUGAUAAGAUUCUUUGUUGAGGAAAAAUUAUAUGACUCUUUUGCUGCAGCACUUCAUCAAUGUUAUGAUCUUUUAAAACCUGAUAUUGUAAUGGAAUUAGCAUGGAAACAUAAAUUAAAUGAUUAUGCUAUGCCAUAUAUGAUACAAACAAUGAGAGAUAUGCAAAAUAGGAUUGCUAAGUUAGAAUUAUCAGAAAAGGAACGUAAAGAAGAAGUUAAUGAAAAUCAAAGAACUGGAUCAAUGGAACCACAAUUAAUGUUAACAUAUAAUAACUCAACACCAAAUAUGGCAGGACUUGGAGGUGGUGUUCAAAUGGGUGGUACACCAUUUGGUAUGAAUACAUUCCCUGGAGCAACAACACAAGGUAUGCCUUUUGGUAAUUCAACUCCUAAUUUUUUUAAUGGAGGAAUGUAA